CGCCAGCUCCCUAAAGCAGAUUGUAUAGACCCAGACAGGAGAUCCCUGCGCAUUGCCUCUGGAGACGUGCCACUGUCCUACUGAAAGUGUUAGGUCCCCGGAGAUCACCGGAGCCGCCUCCAGCUUCUCUCCCCACCUCCAGCUUUGUAUGUAUGGUUACUCCUUCCCCAGAACAGACCUCGUUCUUGUAAUCGCUGCUUAGUAUCCGCUCACCUCCUCCCUCUCUAGCUGCAUCCCAGUCUGGAUUAAUUUUCUCUGCAGCACCCCCCCUUGCACAGAAGGAACAGGAAAGGGGGGACAUCUCAUUUCCCUCCAGAAAGCCCUGGGAUUUUUUUCUCCAGCUUCCAUCGUCAUCCUCAUCGCCGCCACCACCCCCUCUCCAACCUCUUUACUGCCAAAUAGCUAAACAUCACAUCCCUUUUUUUGUGCUAUUUGGUGAACUUGAGACUCCACCCCGGCUUUUACCUUAUUUUUUUUUGCUUGGGUUUUCCUCCCAUAUUGGUUGACUGCUGCAGUUUUACUUUAACCCUCGCCUCCGCCACUUGUUUUUUUUUUUUUUCCUCCUCUUUCUGUUUUUGCUUCUACAUUGAGCACCAUGAGGCUGAUGAGGAACAAGCGCUUUGUACCCCCUGGUCUGGGAGAGGGAGCUGGCCGAGAGCAGGAGCUAACCCGACCGGUCAAGAACCCCUUUGUGCAUGACCUGCGCUUCACCCCGCUGCAGAAAGCCAAAAUUUUCAUCAUGACGUUGACCCUUUUUCCGAUCCGCCUUUUCUUUGCCGCUUUCAUGAUGCUCCUGGCCUGGCCUUUCGCUUUUGUCGCCGCGGUGGGUCGUACAGAAAAGGAGCUUGAGAUGCCCAUGUCCUGGUGGAGAAAGUUUUUGGACAUAGCGCUGAAAGCAAUUAUGAGGACGAUGUGGUUCGCCGGGGGAUUUCACUGGGUAACCGUAAAGGGCCGACAGGCUUUGCCAGCAGAAGCUCCGAUCCUGACCUUGGCGCCGCACUCCUCGUAUUUUGAUGCCAUUCCAGUUACUAUGACGAUGGCCUCCAUUGUCAUGAAAGCAGAAAGCAAAGACAUUCCUGUGUGGGGAACGUUAAUCAAUUACAUUCGGCCGGUAUUUGUAUCCCGCUCAGACCAGGACUCUCGAAAGAAGACUGUAGAGGAGAUCCGGAGACGCGCUCACUCCAAUGGCACGUGGCCACAGGUAAUGAUUUUCCCAGAAGGAACGUGUACCAACAGAUCGUGUCUCAUUACCUUCAAGCCUGGAGCAUUCAUUCCCGGUGUGCCCGUGCAGCCCGUGGUUCUGCGAUACCCCAACAAAACGGACACGAUAACCUGGACGUGGCAAGGCCCCGGAGCAAUGAAAAUACUUUGGCUUUCGUUGUGCCAGUUUCACAACUACGUGGAAAUUGAGUUCCUUCCAAUUUAUACUCCAUCAGAAGAAGAAAAACAGAACCCGGCUUUGUAUGCACAUAACGUGAGGCGUGUGAUGGCCAAGGCGCUGGGGGUGUCUGUCACAGAUUAUUCUUUUGAAGACUGCCAGCUGGCUCUGGCCGAGGGUCAGCUUCGCCUUCCCUCCGAUACCUCGCUCCUGGAGUUUGCAAGACUUGUUCGUAGUCUCGGCCUAAAACCAGAGAAGCUUGGGAAGGAGCUGGACAAAUUCUCUGAAAGUGCCUGGAAAAGAAAAGGGGAGAAAAUCAACCUGAAGGAGUUUGCGGAAUACUUGAGCGUCCCAGUUACAGAUAAACUAGAGGACCUCUUUGCCUUAUUCGAUGAGAAUGACGAAGGCGCCAUUGACUUACGAGAGUACGUCAUCGCCCUGUCUGUGGUUUGUAGACCUUCUAAGACGUUAGAAACCAUUCAGCUGGCGUUUAAGAUGUACGAGUCGGAAGGCAGUAAAACCAUAGUCGAAGAGGACUUGGCUAUAAUCCUGAAGACCGCACUGGGAGUCUCAGAACUUAAUGUGACGGAUCUUUUCAGAGCUAUAGAUGAGGAGGAUAAGGGUAAAAUCACAUAUGAUGACUUUAACAGGUUUGCAGAAAUGAAUCCGAACUUUGCAGCAGACUAUCUCUAUCCCGACCAGGCAGUUCCAGAAACCUGUUUGGACAGCCCUUCCUCCCCCAACGGCUUCUGCACAGAUUUUACGCCCGAAGACAUGGAGUCGCAUAACUACCCUGCGCAAAAGAAACUGAACUAAUUCUAGAACUUUGACUCUUCCUCUCCUGGCGAGGGGUUGGAUGUGCAUAGUACCUCCCGAUAAGGCUCUGAGUGUAGCUGCUCCUUCCUCUUGCCUAUAUUUAUCUUCGUGAAGGUUUUCGAGUUGUUUGUUUUUUUCUUCCAGCUCUCAUUUUUCUUCUAUAAUUUUAAAGUGUUUGAAGAUAAUGAGCGCUCUUCACCUGUGUGCUGUGCAAUAAAUAACUCGACAAAGCAAA